AAAAAUGCCAAAACUUUACGAAAAAAAAAAAAGGAGGAUCUUCUAUGAAUGGAAACAAAUUACGUUGACUUUUCAUAGAAGAGAAGUAGAGGCUUUGACAGAAUUUCCAUCACAACUUGAAAAAUUUUCAUUUUCUUCCUGACCGUACUAAUGUUCAAAUUGAGCGUUUAAAACGAGAUGUUUCUUUCUUUACGAGGAAGAAAAUGACAAUAAACCACAUGUAUUAGUGUUGUCGAAAAGUCGAUUUCGCUAACUAGUUACAGGCCCCUUAGGAAAGGUCCUAUUUAUUUCCACCAUACACCUUAUAAAAAAGUAAAACCUCAUAUUUUGCUCGGUUGCAAGAAUUUUAGAAAAUAGUAAACGAAAUUUUCUGUUCAUUCAGUUCAAAUACUGUGUACUAGAUUUGAAAUCCUUUUUCGUUAGAAUGCUUAGAAUCGUCAUUGGAACCUAUUCUCACCUCCUGUAUGGUGUAGAUGUUGACCUAGAGAAGAAAGAAUCGAAGCCUUUAUGGUUGUUUGAGGCUCAUGAAAGCGCUCUCACCGCUUUAGCUACGAAUGGACUCCAAUUAGCUUCCACUAGCUCAGAUGAAACUAUCAAAAUUUACGAUCAUAGUCGCAAUAUCCAAAUUGCUGAUUUAGCCAUCCCUACAGAUUUGCCAAAUGCUAUUUCUCGUAGCCUGUGCUUUACAAAGAAACACUUGUUAGCUUGCCACGAUCAUGGUCAAAUCACUAUGUGGUCUAGAGAUUCUUGGUUACUUGUUCAUACUUUGAAGUCUUCCUCCCAAAAAGGCAUUAGUGGAAUUGCAGUUCAUCCUUCUGAAAAGCUUGCUUUCAGCGUUGGAGGAGACAGCAAACUUCGACUUUGGGAUCUUAUUCGUGGUAAAGGUGGAAAGGUGUUGCCUUUGUCAUUUAUCCCUGAAGGGAUUCUAUUUCUCAAUGAUUCCUCUUUUGUUGUCAUGUCUCGACGUGGUUUAGAGGGUUUUAAGCUUGAUCUAAGCUCCUUUUUCAGUCAUAAAUCUACCACACAGCUUAAUUGCCUUUGUUUAUUCCAUUCAAAUUUAAUUGUUGGUUGCGACAACGGUUCCAUAAAGGUUUUUGAUGUGAGCUCCGGGGAUGUAGUAAAGGAAUUUGUUGCUCAUGAAAAAAGAGUAAAAGCUGUUUAUGCUGUAUCUGAUUAUCUCAUUUCUGCCAGCUCUGAUGGCUCUGUACAUAUUUGGGACAAAGAUUUUAAUAAAGUAAUGGAAUUACAAGCUCCAGAAGAGAACAGAAUCACUUGCAUGGUUGCAAUGGAAUCUGCGGUAAAUGCAUCUGUUAAGGAUACUGCCAAAUUUACUGAAGAAUCCAAUGAAAGUGAGUCUGAUUCGGAUAGCAGUGAGUCUUCAGAUGAGUCGACAGAAAAGGCAACCACUUCUGAUCGUACAAAACGUGCGCGAGUCGAGUAGAUGUGAUACUGAAGGAAAAAAUAAAAGAACUUGUCGAAUUAUUAGACAUCUUCUUUUUGGUUUGGGUUUGCGAUAGGUCUUAAGUACUAUAAUAUGAAAGCAAAAAAAUUCUUCUUUUUUACCUCAUACAAAACGUUCUAUGAAACGUAACCAAUACUUUAAAUUUAGUUCUACA